UUAUCCGCGAGUCCUUGGAAAGUAAUCACUGUUUUCUGCUCUCAUCCCUUUUCCACCGAUCCCCCUGAAAUGGAAAGAAAAGAAGACGGAGAUUCUCACUUUCUUGAGCACGUUUUGGAUAAACUGUACGAGUUUGAUCAUGAACCAGCCUCAAAAAGAAAAGAAAAGAAGUCUCAGAAGAAGAAAAAAAGAAAACGCUGUGACGAAGAAGAGGAGGAGGAGGAGUUCCCUGGAGUCAAAGAUCACUGCAGUGACCCUGAAGACAACCAGGUAGUUUGUGUUGGAGAUGAAGAGCAGCAGCAACAUCCGAAGCCCGAGCAAACAGGUCCAGCCAUCCAGCGAGCGAGCCAGGUGGAGGUGGUAACAUAUCAGGACCCCAGAAAGAAACCGAAAACCAAGCCGACUGCAGCGCCCGAAAAAAAGCCUGUGAGACUCAACUGCGCCCUCCAGAGUACGACGGACAAGAAGGAAAGCGACCAGCCAGAAGAGCUCAACUUGGAAAAGGCUCGUCUUGAUGUCCAUCGGUUUGGAAUCACCGGCUACAAGAAGGAGCAGCAGCGUGUUUUUGAAGCGGACCGAGCCGUCAUGCUGGGAGCCCGACCCCCCAAAAAGGACUUUGUCAACUACAAGACGCUGCAGCAGCAGAUCAAAGACAAGAAGCAGAAAGCAAAGGAGGAGGUUCAGCCGGACCUGAAGAAAAAGAAGAAGCAGAGUAAUCCAAGGGCCAAGAAGAAGAACGUGUCCUCUGGUUCUGGCUCAGCCCCCACGGGUCAGGUGGGCCGUUUUAAGAACGGCAUGCUGAUCCUCAACACCAACGACAUCCAGAAAAUCAAAGGCAAAAAGAGACACAAAUAGGUGAGGCAAAUAAAUCCUCCCAGUAUGGACAAACGUAAGCAAGUCGGAGAAAGAACUGUCCUCCAAACACUGUCAGUGACUCUUCUUACUGCGGGACGGGACGGGGGGGCAUAGAAAUGAGGAGAGGCACGCGAGCCGAAUACUACGUGAGCAGUGAGGCUGAUUUCCAGAGGACUUGUCUGCAGUAAAAUAUGAGACCGUGUUACUGGAGACGGACUGCUGGGACAGGAAUCCACUUUAGCGAUCCUCUACACGGACCCUGACCACAGAGGGAGGGCGCAGAUGCACGAAGCAGGAGGCCAUGGUCAACCUCGAUUUAGUCACAGUUAGUUUAUUUAAUUUUUUUUUAUAAAUUACCCAAAAACAAAAUAAUACAUUUGCAUUUCUUGUUUUUUUUUUUACACUGUAAAGGUUUUUCAAAUUAUGCAGUCACAACGGAUGUCUCUUAUACAAACCAUGUAGUUGUACAAAACAUUUACAUCGGUACAGAUGGGGGUAGUUCUAAAAAAAACAAAAGCACACACAAGUAAAGUUUGGGCAGAUGUGUUCUUAAAACCCCUUUGAGUGACAAAUGGCGAAACAAGAGGUGUAAUCUGGCAGUGUGCGGCUGGGUGAGGUCACAAAAUCUCACACCGUUUUUUUUUUUUUCAAGCA